AUGCUGCGCUCGUUCUUCUCGUUCGGGCGUUCUGCCCCGGAUGAUUUUAUCUUUCCCACAGUGAGCACCGAAGAGGAUGGUCCCGACUGCAAGAAGGAUUGCGCGGACUGUACCGUGAAGUUUCCAGCCAAAGUCAAAAUUGACGAUUCCAAAGCCUUUUAUGGCCUGAUCAACGAAUUCCAUUGCCAUGUUCUUGUCGCAACGGGACAGUCAGACUGGAAGGAAAAGCCCGACAAAGAGUCAGGGGGCCUGAUGGAAGCAUUCGGUUCCGCAAAGUCCGAGAAGGGACCCAUGAUGGUCUCGGCAUCAAACAUGAACCCUCCCGGUGACCCAGUCACGGAGGAAAGCACUGAAACCACCGUCCUCAUUCUACCUUCUUUCACCUACGUUGAUUCUGUCAAGCAGUCAGACGUUCCAGAAUUGAUUAAGAAGUACAUUGACCACCCCAUCGAUCAAAUCCAGGAUAGUGCCGCGCCCUCCCCCGGAGUCUCGAUGAGCUCUCGACCUUGCGAGCUGGACUACGUCAUCUUACUGUGCUCCCACCGACGACGGGACGCACGCUGCGGUAUCACUGCUCCGUUGAUCAAGCGCGAGCUCGAGCGUCACCUCCGUCCUUUGGGACUCGAUCGGGACAUGGAUGACUCGCGUACUGGUGGAGUGGGUAUCUUUUUCGUGUCGCAUGUCGGCGGGCACAAGUUUGCUGCUAAUGUCUUGAUUUAUCGCAAGAAAGACCAGCAGAUGAUCUGGCUGGGGCGCGUUAGACCUGAGCAUUGCGAGGGCAUUGUCAAGUACACUGUCCUGCAGGGCAAGGUUGUACACCCCGAGACCCAGCUGAGGGGCGGAUUUGACCGAGCCCGGGGAUUGACUAGCUGGUGA